AAACAUCACUGCCUCUCUGCUUCUCACUCGCACACAAUAUUUUUAGUUUUUACAUAUAUAUUUAUAUGCCCCUGUGUGAUUUCAAUAGCUGUAUCAAAUUAUCAAUCUUCUCUCUUUGUAAACACGAAACCUAUCUCUCUCUCUCUCUCUCUCUCUUUCUAGUAUCAUGUCGAAGAAACGAAUUGGAAUGGUCGAGAAAAGUAACAACAAGAGACAACGAGUGAACCUUGUUCCCGAGUUCCCCAUCAACGACCACCAUGACGUGCUGGUAGAGAUCCUCCGGCGACUAGACGGCCCUUCUCUAUGCUCAGCCGCUUGCGUGUGCCGUCUUUGGUCGGCCGUGGCUCGCAACGACUCAAUAUGGGAAGAGCUCUGUUUCCGACAAGUGUCACCACGACCUUCACUUUCCAUACGCUCCGUUGUGUCGGCUCUCGGUGGCUACCGACGUCUCUACUUCCUCUGCAUCCGUCCCUUCCUCGCACGACUCCCUAAGAUUCUCUGGAGCCAAGAUCAGCUUCAGCUCUCACUCUCUCUUUACUGUCGCUCAUGUUCCUUCGAAUGCCCGUCAACGUCGUCUGAUUAGACUUUUACCGGAACGGCCUAUAGUAAACUAUUAGUUCCUAAUAAGUGUGUAUUAUUCUUUAUCGUAUAUUAUUAUUUGCUACGAUUUUUUUUUUAUUUGCCACGAUUUGUUACGGUGUCCAUUUUUUCUUGUCAACACUAAGUUUCAUCUUUCAUUAUAAGAUUUAUAUUAAUAAACGUGAGAUCUUUUUUUCUUCACUCUCUACGUAAAGCCAAAUGCCAACGUGUAGCUGUUUUAGUGUUUUGUCUGUUCUGCUUUUUUUUCUUUUUAUAAACAAAAAGUCUAGAGCUCCAAAUUCAUUAAUUCAACUUUUUGUUUUAAUGUGAAAAAUAUAUAGAGAAAUUAUAUCGUUU